AUUUUAUUCUAAAUUAUCAUUUUUUUUUCUAUCAAUAAUUUCCUCAUAUAACUAGGAGAGUUGUGGUGUGUGUACUUGCUGUACUUAACAUCUCACUCCACCAAUUGUUGUAUGGAAUCCCCAACUUGGCCGGAGAGUUCUCAAAGCAACCGGAUAAAAGCAAUUCAAGAACUCACCAACGGUCAAGAAUGGACAAAUAAGCUUCAGGAGGCCCUUUGGUGCCCGGAGAAUUUCGAGUCUGACCCAACAUCAAUCGAUGGUGUAUUGCUUCAAAUCUUGGAGAUGUUCGAGAAGACCAUCUCAAUCAUGGGUUCUAGCAGUAUCAAUAACGCGACUCUUGAUCAUCUUCUCACCAGUGAUUUGCAUUCUUCUGCCAGUUUGGGUAAACCAAAAUCGGAAAAUAUUAACGAGAGUCCAAAUUCAGUAAUACCGGUGAAAAUUAAAAAGAGAUGUGUUAAAAGAAGAAAAAGCUCAUGGACAUCUACAAAAGUAACUUCCGAUCUGAUUGAUGAUGGGCAUGCUUGGAGAAAAUAUGGCCAAAAAGAAAUUCUUAAUGCGAACCACCAGAGGAGUUAUUAUAGGUGUACUUACAAGUCCGACCAAGGGUGCCUAGCUACAAAACAAGUUCAAAUGAUCGAAGAUAAGCCACCAAAGUAUAGGAUAACCUACUUCGGGAAUCAUACUUGCAAUAAUCUACAAAGAGCUCCUCCGAUCAUAUUGGAUUCUCCAGAUCCUAGAGAUGAGUCGAUUAUCCUUAAUUUUGAAACAAAGGAACUCAUAAAGAAGAAACACCUUCACCCUAAUUUCCUAUCCAUUAAACAAGAGCUUAAGGAUGGUUUUCCUUCUCUAAGCAGCCUGGGAGGCAACCCGUCUUCAUCUUGUAAUAACGAUCCACCAUGGGGUCCAUUUACACAUGUUCCACAAGAUCCAACAGAAUCAGUAUCUUUGAUGUCAUCAUGGUUGGAUCAUGAGGAGAUGGUAUCACCACGGGCUUAUUCUGGGUUGGAUCGUGGGGACAUCAUAUCCUGAUGAGCAUAUUCAUCUAUGGCUGAUACUAAUGGUUAUCAAGUGAAACCAUAUGCUUGGAAAGAAUGAUUUCAAUAAUACUUUCUUCUGAAUUAUGCUUUGGCUAGAGUUUCUAUUUCAAGAUGUAUUCGAGAUUCAGCAAUAUAAACUUUCUUUAUCAACUAA